AGCUGUACCAGAAUCACCAUGCCACCCAAGACGUCCGGAAAGGCCGCCAAGAAGUCGGGCAAGGCCCAGAAGAACAUCAGCAAGUCCGACAAGAAGGGCAAGAGGAAGCGCAGGAAGGAGUCUUACGCCAUCUACAUCUACAAGGUGCUGAAGCAGGUGCACCCCGACACCGGCGUGUCGAGCAAGGCGAUGAGCAUCAUGAACUCGUUCGUCAACGACAUCUUCGAGCGCAUCGCCGCCGAAGCCAGCCGCCUGGCGCACUACAACAAGCGCUCGACCAUCACCUCUCGGGAAAUCCAGACCGCCGUCCGCCUGCUGCUGCCCGGUGAACUGGCCAAGCACGCCGUGUCUGAGGGCACCAAGGCCGUGACCAAGUACACGAGCUCCAAGUAAGCCGCCUCGACGACCCGCGCGGCUUGCGAAAUCGGCCCUUUUCAGGGCCACCCAAAUACAUCUGACCAAAGUUCAUAAGCAAUAAUUAUUAUAUCCAUCUCUUCCUACAUGUACAUAUCUACAUUCUUAAAUCCCCAUCUUUGCUGUGAUUGUCUAUCCAUAAUAAUUAAGGAACUGCACUGGCUUAUCGUCGUAGGUAUGUGUAGGUCACGUAUCCUUAUUUAACAAGGAAAUUGAGUCCUGCGUAACAAUUGUCUGCUGUAAAAAUGCGUUUAGAAAAAAAGCGCAUAAUUGCUGAAAAAUAGAAAAAUGCAGUUGCAGGGAGCUUAUCCGGAUUCCGUAAUAAAAAAUGCUUUGUUAUAUUUUUUUGGGUUCUGGAUGUGGAUGUAUGGGGCACAGU